AUCCCUAGCAUUUUAUGUCAGAAAAUUAAUCGGUCGCCAUGUUUCAAACCGGAAGACACUUUUGGCCCUUCAAAUCGAACAACCCCGAGCAUCGCCGGCGGUUCGUUCUAAAGGUUUACCUACAGUUUGUGUUCUUUUUACUGAUUGCUCUUUUUCACUGGGUCCUCAUGAUAACAGUUUUGAAAACCUGGACCGUUUGGCUGGUGCGCGACCAUUCUGCAGCCCUCAUUCUGGCAUUUGCCGUAGGCAUUUUCCUAUUUCUGCUGUUCUCGCUCAGUCGACAGAUGAGGAGCCUGUGCUUCUUGAACUGGCUGACGACUCUGGUUAUCGUGGAGUUUCUGGUGCAGCCCAUGGCAUUGCUAAUCGUCCCCACGGAUCUUCUGUAUCUGCUGGCCGGCUUUCUGAUCGUCUCACUGGUAGUCGUCCUGUUCACGCUCCUGGCAGCCAUUAUGCCGUGCGACCUUACUGAGGGAGGGAUCUUCUUUUUAAUUCUGUUCAUGAGUGUCUUUUUGCUGGGCGUAUACUGCAUUGUGCUUUAUUCAGUCAUCGGCCUGGACUGGUCGUUUUACAUCUUCGCUUUCCUCUUUGCCGUUAUGCUGUUGGCCUUCCUAAUGUAUCAUGUGCAGUGCAUCAUGGGAGGCAGAAGCACCGAGGCCGAGCUCGCCGAUGACAAGUACGCGGCUCUCCUAUUGUUCAACGAAUUCGUGGCUUUGUUUAUGCUAUGCCUUUACUGGCGACCCAAUAUGGACCAUGUACCAACAAUGAGCAUUUGCACCACCAAAAGUUCGUCUUAAGCAAUCUAAUGAGUGCCCACCCUUCACGGUAAUAAAUACACUUUGGAACCCUUC